CCCCCCAUUGUUUGUCCAUGUCAGUGACCGCCGCUCAGCAGCCCCCAUUGGUGGUUUUCGUCUCACAAUAACGCACGCUUUAGCGUCGCGGACGUAGCGAAAGCGUCCGAGGCGUUUCUCAUCAAACCUCCCCUCCUCAUAUUGAUCGCAAUGGUUCUAGUCGGCGACCAGAAAUAUGCUUGCGAGACCUGCAUCAAAGGGCACCGCUCCUCCUCUUGCAAGCACACAGACCGCCCCCUCUUCGAAAUCAAAAAGAAAGGGCGUCCCGUCACGCAAUGCGAACACUGCCGCGAACUUCGGAAGACACGCCAAAUCCACGUCAAAUGCGUCUGCGAGAACAAAGAUAGCAACCUCGGAGUGUCGAGCUCUUCACUAGGGCAAGGUGGUACCAUGGUUUCGGCCCGCGCCGCGUUUCCUAGCGGUCUGCCCGAAGGGCUGCUGGAAGCGUCGGUUGCAUCACGGCCGCUCUCGGAAGGGUCGGACUCGGACCAAGGUGCCCGCGGUUGCGCAUGCAAGGAUGACGCGUCGUGUCACUGUUGGACCCCCCGAAGCAGUGCCAAGCGUCCUGCUCGUCCUGCCGCCCGUCGCGGUUCUGAAGCUCGGCCCACUUCAACGUCGCCGGGCGAGAUCAUCUCACAGCCUGCCGCGCUCGUGAUACACGCGCAUAGCGGCAACAAUCGCCCGGUUCUCCCUAAGCCUCCUGCUGAACGUCCUGUCUCGCCGACUAGGAACGCGCCUAUAUCGCCACCUUCGGCUCCUCUGCGUGGUCGCUCUCCCAGUCACGGGCAGUCUUUCUACAGCCCUUAUGGCAGGGCUUAUGAGUACGCCCACGGCUCUGAGGCACCGUACCCCCCGCCGUCACAGUCGUCGGCCUCUUAUCCUUCGAGUGCCAGCUAUCCUCAUCCAGGCGCGCGCGACUCCACCACAAGCAUCUCUACGGACGCCACAUCACCAUUCGGCGCGUGGCAAGAUAGCGAAGCUUUCAGGGCGUACCCCACUGCCCCCGACCCACCCCCAUUGUGCAACUGUGGUUCGGCAUGCGCGUGCCCCGGGUGCCUCGAACACAACGGACCCAACGCUGACCCCUCUGCCUCGUGUGUCAACCCAAGCACGUGCUCAGCCUGCCUUGAAUGCAACAUUGUCGCUCUCACCGCUCUGUCAUCCGAAAUGACCUCGGCGUUGUACGACCCCGCGCAGGCGCAAGAUGUUGAUCGGUGGCUCAGCCAGAUGUCCUCUAUGUCCGAGUUCCCGCCCGCCUCCGGAAGCAGCGACCUUGCCUUUUCACCCUCCGACCCAGGUCAACAGGAGAUGCGAUACGAUUCCUCCGCAGGGAACGACUACAGGACCUGGAACGAUUCCCAAGCCGUACCUGCCAUGUCGUCCUUCCCUCCCGCGGUGGAGUCCGAGUGCUGCGGUGGGCGUUGCAAGUGCCCCGCAGGGAUGUGCAGAUGUCCUUCCGACUGCUGCGGCUGCUGCCAGGGCUGCUCGUGUCCCGGAUGCGAUCACGACCGCUCCUCCGGGCGGACGCUCACCUUUGCUACCUCCGGGGAGAGGGCCCCGUGUUGCGGCGGAGGGAGCCAUUCCGAAAACCGUUCGCCUGUCAACGCGUCCGGACCCCAGUUGCAGUUCCCCAACACCAGGACUCUUAGCAGCCCGUCCGACGGAGGCCGUUAUGCGGACGGGCCGUGGGCCCCUCAACUGCUGACGGUUCCGAGGGAGACCCUGAGCCGCGCCUCUUCGCUCUCUUCCUCCAAGUCCUCCCCGAACCCCUCGACGUCCUCGUCGUCGCCCAUACCAUACGGCGACGCGGCUGAGCCCGUACACCCCACUACCACUUCCGGCCAUUCCUCGGGUGUUCAGUCCUGCUGUACGUCAAUGGGCAACCUUUCAACGCGUCCACCGGGUGGCGGUGCCGUCGGGUCUCCGCCGCGCCCACAGUUCGGCGGAGGCCAGAGUCAGCGCGGCUUCGAACCCCACAAUAGCAGCGGCUUCCCCCAUCAGCCCGGGGCGCGUCGAUACAGUUAGGCGCGAUGCGCGAAGAAGAACGAUGUCCGAUGAUGUACGAUACCCCUUGUGGUGUGCGGGACGCGAUGUAUUCCUAGUAGACGAAUGAUCUGCGCUUCUUGUUGCGGUGACGUUGCUUCUAUAUGAAAUCCGAUGUUCU